UUCCGUGCGGCCCACACGCUGGUUGGACACUAUCCAGCGGCAGUCCAAGUCUCGAGUCCUCGCCGUUUAGAUGUAUCACGGCACGUUUGGGAGGGCAGUUGUCGCGCAGUGUUGUGCCAAGUAAUCUGGCCAAGAAGAAGGAAGAAUUGGAGGGUUGUCAACGAAGGCAGUGUGGCUUAAUUAGCACUUUUCGAUUCGACUGUGACCUCGAGUCGAGAGAAUUCCUGCUUGAGAUAUUGCUUAUCUGCUGUGGCGAUGUGGUGCUGGGGCUGCUGCUGUAGUGGAUAGUGGGGAACAGUGGCCAACAGUGGGUGUGCAGAGCAGUGGUUGGUGAUAAAGGUUACGGUUUGCGAGACCAAAGCAUACAAAAAGCACACCUUCGUGCGGUUUAGGAUGAUGAAUGGUCGCAGCGGUGUGCGUGUGCGGGCUCAAGUGCCUCUCCAUUCAAGAGUAUGCGUACUGAUGUGAAAAGUAAAUCGAAAUAAUGAAUUAAAAAUUCUUGAAUCAAUGACAGUGUGUUAUAUCAUGCACAGGAGAGCAGAAUCGACCAACACGCAGCAGCAGCGGGCAUGGAGUGCAAAAUUGCCGUAGAUUGGUUGCGAAUUGCGUGCGUGCGUGACAGUGACAAACAGUGACAGUCAUCAGUGGUGGUUGGCGUUCAAUGCAGUGGAUCAGGAAGACUACGAUAGGAUCUCGAAGCUCAGUGUAAAGUGCUCGCCAUAGAGAAACAGAUGAUCCCAGUUCUGAAUGGGUCCACACGAUAGUAAAGUGUCGCCAUCUUGCAUGUAUUCGCGCAAAUCUUCCUCUCUUCCAAUUGGAAUCAGUCGUAGUGUUGCUGUUGCUGCUGCUGCUGCUGAUGUCGUCACAAAUAUCUUUUCAUGUGUGAUUUCUGUGUGGUGGCAUGAAGAGUGAGUGAAUGAGACGACGGCGACGAGUUGGAAAAUUUUGUAGCUCGUGUUUUGUCGUAUAAAAAUCAAUGUUCUGCAAAUGUAAAAUAGUGCAAACGAUGUCGUAAUGCCUAGUGAUUGUCGAAUAAUUAUCCGCAGUGCAGCAGGAAAUGUGAAAAAGGUUUAAAAAAUGAGUGAAAACUUCGCGGCUGCUUCCGCCGCAAAACAAAUGCCAAUCGAAAAGUUGGUACGUGUUGGAUAUUACGAACUGGACAAAACGAUCGGGAAAGGAAACUUUGCAGUCGUCAAGCUUGCAUCCAACGUGAUAACCAACUCAAAGGUUGCAAUUAAAAUAAUCGAUAAAACAUGUCUCGACGAGGAGAACCUGGCGAAAACGUUUCGCGAAAUAUCGAUACUGAAGGUGUUGCAUCAUCCGCACAUAACACGCUUGUACGAGGUCAUGGAAUCACGUAACAAAAUCUACCUGGUGACGGAACACGCGGCCCGGGGUGAAAUUUUCGACCACCUGGUCGCGAACGGGCGCAUGAAGGAGGAGGAAGCGGCCCGAAUCUUCUCCCAGAUUAUCUCCGCCGUGGACUACUGUCACUGCAAGGGAAUUGUCCAUCGCGAUUUGAAGGCGGAGAACGUGCUGUUGGAUAACGAGAUGAACGUUAAGCUGGCGGACUUUGGUUUCAGUAAUACCUUUUCCGAGGGAACUCCGCUGCGAACUUGGUGCGGUUCACCGCCGUACGCGGCCCCUGAGGUAUUCCAGGGUGUCGAGUAUGACGGGCCAAAGUCCGAUAUCUGGAGCUUGGGGGUGGUGUUGUACGUUCUCGUUUGUGGUGCCCUCCCGUUUGAUGGUGCAACGUUACACGAUCUGCGGAGCGUGGUAGUCGCGGGCAAGUUUCGCAUUCCCUUCUUUAUGUCGCAAGAGUGUGAACACCUAAUCAGGCAUAUGCUGGUCGUGGAACCGGAGAAACGGUACGCGUUGAAGCAGAUCGCCAAUCACAAGUGGUUGGAGAUGUAUAACGCGAUUCCGAUGCUAGACUCGGGGCCUUUCAUACCAACGGAGAGCGCCAACCUGGACACCAUUGUUAUGACCCACAUGUUACAACUCCCUGGACUUACGGCCGAUAUGAUCGCACAAUCUGUACAUGAGAAUCGGUUCGACCACAUUUAUGCCAUUUACUAUCUGCUGGUGGACAAGUUGAAACAAAAACGAAAAGAGAAGAACCGACUCCAGCAUCACGCCAGCCUAGCGUACUCGCGGUCUCGGAAAACGAGCAUUACUACCGGCGUUGUAGAUCGGACGGAGGUCAUCAAGAAUGACUCACAGGAGCGACUUAGUCCACUGACCAGCUCAGGAUCAACCAUCCUGAACAUGUCGGCUGGACUUGGUACGUCAGAGGAGUUGGAGAAGUACGACCUUGAAGCGGCCAACUCCGCCAAGACACCCGAAUCUACCGACCAUCUAUUUCCGCCUACCUGCGCCAACGCUUCAGCCAACACUCGACGGCACACCGUGGGACCCGGCGACGUGGCACACGAACAGGCCCUGGCCAAUCCAAACGCACCAAUCAACUUCAAGACAACGGAACAGCAACCUCCGACGCAGAACGUUCCCAUCAACAUCCCGAUGCUGCAGAAUCAGCCGAUUCACAACCUUACCAUCAAGGACCAGCAUCUGCUUAAGCCUCCAAUGGUCAUGGGUGCAAGUGCCUUCGGAAGACGCGCUUCGGACGGAGGAGCCAAUCUGCACAUCUUCUAUCCAACAACGCCAAAUUUCAACGAACAACCGGUCGGUGAAGCGAUCUACGGAAGUCAGGCGGCAGCCCACGCCGCCAUGGCCGCAGCCGCCGCCGGUGUUGGUGUGAUGGGCGACCACCCGAUGCCAACGGUGUGCGGAGUCGACGGUCCGGACGAUACCAGCGACGAGAUUCAAAGGUACAUGCACGGUCGGGGAUGCACGAAGCGUCAUACCGUCGGUUGCACCGAUGAUCUGUCGGCCGGAAAUCCCGGAACGAUGGAACCUCCCCAGGCGCACUCACCAGCGCCAUCCACGGCCGCUGCCGCAGGAGGUGGCGGUCGCACUCGGAGAACUGGUCUGCUCACCGUCAUGGAAAGGCCGCCAGUGAUUAGUCCUGAUUUGGUACGCGAAGUAGAGGCACGAAUGAACCGCAACUACUUACCCCCAUCGCUAAUGACCGCAUCGCCGUCAAUGGCCGCUCCACCGCCGGCGCACAUGUCCUCCUCCGUAUCAGCAGGAGCCGUAGCAGCAACUACACCUCCUGCGAGGCCAACGACACUGGCGACCGCACCGGCGAUGGUCGCUGCCGGCUUUGCAGGUUUGGGAGGAGGCUACGAGCAAUGUUCGUUAAUGUCUUCUCCUUCGUCGUCGUCGGCGGCGGGGGUUCUCUCGAUGGCAUCCCCAACGGCAUCGCCCCAACAGCAAAACACUCCCUCCACUGCACUGCAAAACGUUUGUAAUAGACGCUAUGCUAGAACUUGUAAACUGCCUACCGUACAAGAGAUUGGUCGCUACAGUCCGGUGCGUCGAGCAUCUGAGGGCUCAAAAAUCAACACACAAUUCCAAGGACCAUUCCAGGAGUGCCAGCAGCUCCAGAAGGGCCUGAACGUUGGCACUCAACAACGAAAUUUGCUUAUCGCACCAAGUCCCCCACUGGCGGACAACUCGGUGAGUCUGCCGGGCUCGCCGAUGCACUGUAAACCAUUCGAGGACAGAUCUCAGCAGGAUAUUACACUGCCCCAGGACAUGAUGCUGUCGUUGUUGCCCGGUUUGGAGAAGCUGGUCCUAGAGAAGCGCAUCCAGAUCGAGACGGCCAAUAACAUCAUCAGCACACGAACCGUUCCGUACGAGGUGCGGCAACAGUUGGGCCUGUUUGCCCACGCGGUGAUGCCGGACCUUGGGUACGCGUUACAGCAGCAGCUGCAGCACAGUCAGAGUGUCUCGCCCCUCACGGCCAGGCCAGGCACGCUACAUCCUAACAACAUUGCCGGUAAUAGUAUAGGGGCGUCCAGCUUUGGCUAUUACGGUGGUUUGCCUUAUUCACCCUUUGGAACGCCAGGGGCUGUGCCGGGGUUGAACUUUCCCGGAAGUAGCAGCAACAGUGGAUGCCCAUCACCCGUAUACUACAGCGAAUGUCCCUCGCCAAUCCUACCCGGACCACCGGGAAUGCCGACAGGUGGUGGUGCCUCACCAAUGCAUCAGAUUACACGGGGUUUAAGUAUUAUGAACACUGGGGGUAGCACAACUUCGGCUGCCGGCGGUUCCAUCACUCGUGGAACCAGCGCAGCUUUUCCAGUAUCUUGCAAUGAACCUUUAGACCUUAGCAUGGACGUAGUCAAUAGUGUAGAAAUAGAUUAUCAUAGGAACAGCUAUUCGAUAAAUCCAGUCGGCACCGCCGGUGGCCCAUCAUCCCUUAACUAUUUUGAUAUGAAAAAUUUUAGCCUUAUGCCGCCGCAGCAAAUGCGUCUUGUAGCAACGCCCCCAACUUCGCCGAAUCUUUGUAUCAUACAAGAGGAAAUACCAAACGUUGCCCCGUUCCAGGGUGGCGUUCCCUACAAAAGCCAAUCGGCUGGAGGAUCUCCAGAGGACUUGAGCUUUCAACAUACCCAUCCCCAGAUCUGUCUGACGGACGUGCAGGGCAGUGAAAUAACCCUGGUUGCGCUGUCCGACUCCAGCCACGAUAGUGAUGAUUCGCUCAACUGUCAGAGUUCAUCGGGGUUGGGUUUUCAGGGUCUCUUAAUAUCCGAACCUUCUAGUGAUAUGCCCUCGAUUACGCGGGGCGUGGGCAGAAAAGCUAGUCUCGAAACCGAAAAUAACUCCACGUCGACAUCGACCAAGCUGGAAACCGACACGAGCGAAUCGUACGCUCGUCGAGGCAGUGACAAGUCGUUAGGUUUUAGCGAUGAUAGUCUAAGCAACGAUUCGAACCACUCCAAUCUUUCCCCUAGUCAGGAACCGUCCGCCAGUUCAGGGUUCAAGAGCUGUGACUCUCACUCCGAGCAGGACGCUCGCCUAAGCCCUGACUCCCUGUGCGACACCAAGACCCUCACGGACGAGUGUUACGAGCUGCCGUUGCCCCAGGAAUGCUCCACGCUGGACUCGUCCCGAAUACUUGAGAUGGUCAAGCGACGGAUCGACUCCAAAAUGCCACCCAUGGGUUGUGUGUUCAACGCUGCCAAGACAGCGGACGCCACUGACCUCGUUGGUGGACAACACAGUCGCAGCAGUGACCAUGCCGUAGACCACGGAGCAUCAUCCUCGUUUCCCGUCGGCGGGGACAGUUCAAAUCUUAGCCUAGAGUACUCGGGGGGUUUGCAGAUCGAGCUGCAGGUGUUCGAGGGUCGCAUCAAGGACAGCCAUAGUGGCAAGGGGCUGAAACUGCGCCGUAUUUCCGGCGACCAGAACGAGUACGGCAAGCUGUGCCAGCAGUUGAUCACGUCGCUGACCGUCUGAAAGUAUGGAAAUCGGCUGACUGCUUAAGGAGGGUGGUUUUAUUGUCAUUUGAGGGUAAGUUGAUUUUACGUAAACAGGAUUCAAUCUGAUUUUAAUGCUCUUUGUUUUCACUAAACCAGCAAUUUUUGGAUUUAUUUAUUUUGCUAAAAAUUAAUAAGAUCCCAAGGAGUUCCCAUCACUCAUGAGCUUAGUUCGGAUGGGACGCAGAACUAUUUCGAUUUGAAUCGAAAGUCAUCCAUAGCGUGCUCACCUUUUUCUGCUUUCCAUCUCCUUUAUUCGGCUAGUGAGUGAGUGACCAAUGCAAACAAAAAUGCGUAACUUUUAGACUCAAUAAUAAAAUCUUAAGUUUUUUUUUUUUUAAAGGUCCAAUAAACCAAAUUUUCAAUUUUUGCUUUUUGGGUGAAAAAAACUGGAAAUUUUGUUUAUUGGACCUUUUUAUAAAAAAAAAAACUCCAGAAAUUGUCUGCAGAAACUGUGUUUCUGUGCAUACUGAAUGAGUGUUGCCGAAAAAACGGAGUGAGCCAUGCAAUUCAUGAAGGACUUGGUGAGCAGGGAGUAACCCCAAUCGAUAGAUGCUUCGGAAUCGAAUUCGUUCACGAUCAUCCGUUUUAAGCCUCGGAUGAUUGAAUCGUCAAUGAGUGAACAGUGCUCAUUGACCCGAUAAUAAUAAUCUUUGGUUGUCAUAAAUAUUCUCUAUACGAAAUAUAAAAAGACAUUGUGACUCGUUUUAAUAUGAUUUUUAAUGCUAUUUUUUUGCUUUACUUAACCUGAAACUGUUUACUCGAACAGUUAUCUGAAGAUGUUUCUUUCAAUUUUAGAGCUCGGAAUUUCAUCUUAUUUUGGAUGUUUGGAAGCCAAAAAUGUGUUAUACACAAACUUAGGAGUGUAAAUGCAUCAUUGCAAUGUUAUGAAAAAAGUUUUUGCUGGUAAUUUUAAUGUCUCCAAAACAAGGCAAUUAAGAAAAAAUCAGACCUAUCAUAGCCGUGCGUCUCUAUUAAACAUUUGCAGUAACAAUUUUUUUGACUCUUUCUUGACUUUUUGAGGACUACCAAAAUGCUGAAACAAUCAGUAAAAUUGGGUACCUUUUCGAUGCAAAACCCAAAACAAAAGAUUCUAGCAGCGAUUCUUUUUGCUUGCCAUGCAUGAUCAUUGUUUCAAUGAUUGUGAAAUUAUAUUCAGGAAUGACGAAGCGCAAGAAGCACAUUCUUCGAUCGGUUAUGUUGUGUUCUUUCGUUUAUCGUAGAAAAAAGUUAGUGGUAUAAUUAAUUUAAUCCGCAAGUUUGCGUCGUAAGUUGUAAGAUUGGAGCUCAAAAAUUAUUCGUUGUUACAAAAGCCUUCGGAAGGUAAAUUUUCUAAACUUUGUGAUUUCCAUUUUAGAACGUGAAUGAAAAACAAGAAGAAAAAAAAACAAUUAGUUAAGUCUUUUCUAGUGCAAUUAAAACGAUCAAAAAUUUACAUUCCAAAUGAAUAAUUGUAAAAACAAACACAGAAACGAGAAUCGAGAGUAAACUCUGAGUUCGAAAGAGAAGAAAAAGCAACACGUCUGCUUGAAAAGCCUUCCUUUUGUAAAUGAUUCCAUGCAUAGAUGUUUCGUGUGUAUCAAGUCGUGACUUUCUUUUCCUGUUAUAACGAGUUUUACCACUCACAUAAAGAAACAUUCCUGCAAUCGCAAAACAAAUGAAUGAGAGAAAUAAGAGAUUAGGGAGGAUGUUCGCAUUUCACAAAACGAAACAAAAACUAAAAAUCCUACUGAAUGUAACUUGGGUGCGACUUUCAGUGGUGAGCUAGGAAAGCAAACUGCAGCACAAUUUUUUAAUAGACGUUAAGCCAAAUAGUAAAGGAAAACCCGUUCAUGAAAGUUGAAACCGCGCUGAACUGAUUAAGUAAAACAAAAAAGGCCAUACCUGUCAAUGCAAAUACCUCCAAACCCCCUCCCCGCGCGCACACGUGAGCUUGCAAUCACGUGUAGAGAACUGUUAGUUUUUGUUCACCUAUUGUGUUGUUAGUUUUUUCCCCUUCAUUUGCUCUCCCGGUUAGCAUCCGAUGGUAUGCCCUCAUCUGCAAAUGCCAUAAGAAGUAAAUAUUUAAUGGAAAGUACAUACGGACGAGCAGGACAAGAGUUACUAAUUUCGAUCUUUCUUGCUACUAUCAUCAAACUACCACAACUAAAUUAUGCAAAAAUAAUAACAACAACAACAUAUUAGACAUGUAGCAAAUCAAAAAAUAAAAGAUACAAAAAAGGAACACAUUCAAAUGUUGCCCUGUCAGUAAUAACAAGACGAAAUCAAAUUUUCAUUCAACACUUGGAUAACUGGAUAAAUAUUAACUCCCGCAGAAUAAUUAAGCUGUUUCAAAUCUUUCAAGCAUGUAAAUAUCAUAAUAUUGAGGAAAAAUUAUCAUAAAAAGACUGCUGUGAUUUUAACAUAAAUAAAUGAAUAAACGAUAAAAUGAUUCUUCAAA